AUGGUCCUUUUUGCCAGCCCGGACGUCGCCCUCGCCGCUUUCCAUAACACCGAUGGCAAGACCUUCCAGGGUCGGAUCCUGCAUGUGCUCCCUGCAAAGGCCAAGAAGACGGCUGGUUCAGCUGCCGAGCUGGACGAGUUUGCUCUGGCAAAACUGCCGCUCAAGCAGCAGCGGCUUCUGCGGAAAAAGGCAGACGCGGCGACGAGCAGCUUCUCGUGGAAUGCCCUGUUUAUGACGCAGGACGCCGUGAACUCGGCCAUGGCAGAGCGGCUGGGCGUGUCCAAGUCGGAGAUGCUCGACCCGACGUCGUCGGACGAGGCCGUGCGCCAGGCCGUGCGCCAGACGUCCAUUAUUGAAGAGACCAAAGACUACUUUGAGAGCAACGGUGUGGACCUCGAGGCGUUUAAGCCCAACACAAAGCGUGGCGAUUCAUGCAUUCUCGUAAAGAACUUUGCGCACGGCACGGCCUCGCAGGAGCUACGCAAGAUGUUUGAGGAGUACGGUCCCGUCGUGCGGGUCCUGAUGCCGCCCAGCGGCACACUGGCCAUUGUGCAAUUUGCGCAGGCCGCCCAUGGCCGGCUGGCCUACGCGAAGCUGGCCUACCGCCGUGUCAACGAGACGGUCCUCAUGCUCGAGAAGUGCCCCGACAACCUGCUGAGCAACAGCGCCAGCGGCGUCCUGGACACGACGGCAGCCACGGCCGGCCAGGCGGGCAAGACCAAGCUGGUCGCCAGCGACCUGCUCGACGGAAGCCAGGCCGAAGACGCUGCUGGCGACGAGACUACUGGCGAGGCGGCGGCCGCAGGGUCCAAGCAGACCAGCUCUCUGUUUGUGCGCAACCUCAACUUUACCACGACCACGGAGCAGCUGGCGGCGCUGUUUUCGCCGCUGCAGGGCUUUGUGGCGGCGCGUGUCAAGACCAAGCCGGACCCCAAGCGGCCCGGGCAGACGCUCAGCAUGGGCUACGGCUUUGUCGAGUUCCGCACCAAGGCGGACGCGGCGGGCGCGUGCGCGACGAUGGACGGCCACAUCCUGCACGGGCACACGCUGGCCGUCAAGGCGUCGCACCGCGGCCUGCAGGACGCGGCGGCGGCGCAGCGCGAGGCCGACCAGGCGAAGAAGCUGGCGGCCAACCGCGGCGGCAAGCUGAUUAUCAAGAACAUUCCCUUUGAGGCGUCCCGUUCGGACCUGCGGACGCUGCUGGGCACGUACGGCCAGCUCAAGGCGGUCCGGAUGCCCAAGAAGUUUGGCAGCGCGACGCGCGGGUACGCGUUUGCCGAGUUUGUGACGGCGCGCGAAGCGGCCGCCGCCAUGACGGCGCUGCGCAACACGCACCUGCUGGGCCGGCGCCUGGUGAUUGAGUUUGCCGAGGCAGAGGCGGUGGACGCGGAAGGGGAGAUUGCCAAGAUGCAGAAGAAGGUGGGCUCGCAGAUGGACUCGGUGGCGAUGCAGCAGCUGGCGACGAGCCGCAGCCACCGGACCAAGGUGACCAUUGGCGACGAAGAGGAGGAGCAGCUGUGA